AUGUGGGCUGUAGUACAUUUUUCAUCCGAUAAUUCUGUGGACUAUGUACCUUUAAUUUGGGUCAAAAAAGAUGGCAUAAAAACGGUAUGUGCGUGGCCAAACAACGACAGUAAUUUAAAAAAAUUCAGAUCCAGCCGUUCAUAUCCAAAUAAAAUAGACUACAGCUAUUAUAGGUGUAGAGUCAUCUCUAAAGAUAUUGCAUUGUUAUCUGAAGCUCUAAGCAAAACUGACAAAGCACAAUUCACAUCUGAUGUAUCUGACGGAAAUAAAUAUAACAAUAAGUUAAAAAAGAUGAAAUUAUUAGAUAAAGCACCUGUUGGUGAAAAAAGAAGUUCUGUGCUGGCAGACUGUUCUUUAACAAAUAUUGAUAAAGAAGAAUAUGUUAUAUUGGCAAACUCUAAUGAUAAUUCUAACUCGCAUAAAACAAGUGAAUGUUCUGAAACUUCAUCUGUUAUUGAUGAUAGUGAUGUUGAUCAGAAUUAUACUCCGAACUAUCAUAAGCAAAAAAAAGAUAUAUCUACUGAAAUCUGGCCUACUUUGGAUAAUGAUAUUGAUGUAAAUAAUGAAAGUAUGUAUGCCAUUCCAUCUACCCUUUCACAAUCUCAACUACCAAUUAAUUCUGCUUCAUUUACUGGUUUUCAAAAAGCAACGUUAAAUUACUUAGCUGUCCUAAAGGUAGAAAUUUGUAAGAUUGCUGAUAAUCAACAACACAUAAUACAAAUGAUACAAUCGAAGAAUGUUAAUACCCAAGGUGAUGAUUUUAAUUGGGAACAUGAAGUUGACUACUUUAUACAUAAUUGGCCUAUCUCUAAUAAAGAAGACCUAAUCAAUAUGGAAGAAAAAAUGAAAUCCGAUGUUCAUUUUCAAAAACAAGUUGUAUGCGAGCUUGCAAGAAUUGGUGGUAAAUCACUCAAAAAUAUGAUUUACAAAAUUAUGAAAAGAGUAUUCGAUGACAAAGUUUUGAUUGCUUACACAUAUUAUGGUCUACGAAACAAAGACAACUUUUCAUUACUUUCUAUCAAUAAGGCAAUUUUUGAUGCAAGUAAGAAGUCGAACUUUAAAAAUGCAUCCAAUGAUGAAAUCAUCACUGCAAUAGGAAAAUGGCUAACUAGUGCCAAAGGACGGCUCGUUAAAAAAAAUCCAUUGGAAAAUAUUAUGUAA